CUUCCAUCUUCGAUGAGCUAAACCACAGAUCUAAAACAUAUUGCUCUGCAACCACACUUGAAGACAAAGAGACGGAGAACAAGGCUUCGCGAAGAUCAGAUUUGUUGCUGGGUUUUUGGGGAGGUGUGAAACAUGGCAAAUGAUGGUGAUGAUGUUAGAGCUGAUGAUGAGGUUCGAGUUGAUGGUAAAGGAUAUUUAUCUGAUGGUGAUGAUCUUGAUGAUGAAGUCCUUGAUUCCUACCUAGCUAGUGUAGAACAACAAGUACUAAUAGAGGAGAUUAAUAUGGAGGAAGGUGAUAAAAGUGGAGGAAGUGAUAGUGAGAGUGAUACCUCUGAUGGUGAUGAAUCUUAUGAAGGAGAUAAUAUGGAGGAAGGUGAAUCUGAUGAAGUAGCUGAUGGUGAUGAAGUUGAUGUUGAGGAAGGUAGAAUAGCUGGAGGGGGCAGUGAUAUGAGUUUAAGUGAUGAUCCUGACUUCCAAUUAGGGUAUGCAAGUGAUGAGUUGCAGAGUUUGCACUCUUCUGAUGAUGAAACAGUUGUUGGACAAGGGAGAAGGAUUAUGCCAGAAUUUAAUACAAAUGCUGAUAUGAGUGAAGUGACAUUUGAGCUUGGGAUGCAUUUUACAAACUUGGCUGAAUUUAAGCAAGCUGUUAGAGACUAUGCUGUGGCAAAUGGAAGGCAAAUUCGAGUUGAUAGAAAUGACAAAAAAAGAUGUCAAGUUAAAUGCAAGGAUGGCUGCCCUUUUAGGAUUUGGUGCUCUAAAAUAAGUGGAGAGGAGACAUAUCAGAUAAAGACUUUUGUGAAUAAGCACAACUGUAGUAGGUCUUUUGUUGUGAAGCAAGCCUCUACUAAAUGGUUAGCCAAAAAAUUUUUAACAAAGGUUAGGGGUGAGCCUAGGGUAAAAUCCAUUGACUUAGUUGUGUGGAUCAAAGACAACCUCUCUAUCCAGGUAAAUAGAACACAUGCUUUUAGGGCAAAGAGAUUUGCACAAGAGAUGAUUGAUGGUACUCACAAAGAUCAAUAUCUGAGGCUUAGAGAUUAUGGUGCUGAGGUACUUAGGAGCAAUCCAGGGAGCUCUUGCUUUCUUAACAUUGUUGAGAGGCCUACUCCAGAAACACCAGCUGUAUUCAAGAGGAUUUAUGUGUGCCUUGAUGCAUUAAAGAGGGGUUUUAGGGCUGGGUGUAGGCCAUUGAUUGGGCUAGAUGGUUGUUUCCUAAAGGGUGUAUAUGGUGGACAUCUUCUGACAGCAGUUUCUCAAGAUGGUAAUAAUGGAAUUUACCCCAUUGCAUGGGCAGUUGUAGGUAAGGAAGAUGGUGAAUCAUGGAGGUGGUUUUUGGAUAGAUUGUUGGAGGACAUUGGACCUAUAGAAGAGAACAAGUGGUCAUUCAUGUCUGAUAGACAGAAGGGUUUGGUUCCUGCUCUUAUGGCAUUAGGAAAUGGAGUUGAGCAUAGGUUUUGUGUCAGACACAUUUACAGCAACUUCGCCAAGAGGUUCAAGGGUUUGCAGUUCAAAAAGCAGCUGUUUAAAUGUGCUAAGGCAACAACAUAUCAAGAAUUUCAGUUGGAGAUUGCAAAAAUGAGGGGUCUGAAGGAAGAGGCAUGGCUUUGGUUACAUGAUAUUCCACCAAACGUGUGGUCUAGGGCAUUUUUCAUGACCCAUUCCAAGAAUGAUGCCAUUUUGAACAAUAUGUCAGAAAGUUUCAAUGCCAAGAUACUGGAAUUUAGGGACAAACCAAUAAUCACACUAUUGGAAGAGUUGAGGCUAGAAGCAAUGAACAGGCAUGUCAAGUUGAGAAGAAAAAUGAGAAGGUACCAAGGAAAACUUGUUCCAAGGGUUGCUGCCAAGGUCGAAAUGGAGAGGGCAAACAAUGGCUAUUGGACAGCACAUUGGGCUGGGGAUAGUGGCCACUCCAUUUUUCAAGUGACCAAAAGGCCUGAGCAAUAUGUUGUCAACCUCAAUGAGAGAUCAUGCUCAUGCAGGUACUUUGACCUAACUGGCAUACCAUGUUGUCAUGCCAUGGCUGCGAUAGGGUAUGUCCAACGUGAUCCUGAGGAUUUUGUGAAUGAAUGCUACACCAAAGAAGCCUACAUGAGAGCAUAUGAAUUUUCUGUCAUGCCUACAAAUGGUGCAACACUUUGGCAUAGGGUAAAUGGUGAUCCAAUUCUUCCUCCCAAGUAUACCAAUGCACCAGGUAGGCCAAAAAAGAGAAGAAGAAGAGAGUUUGACGAACCAAAAACAACCAGCGUAUUGAGAAGAAGAUAUCCAUUAGUCAAGUGCUCCAAAUGUGGGGUUGAGGGGCAUAACAGGAGGACUUGUAAUGGACCAAACAGGAGGGAGGUGACAAAUACAACUCCAACUCCAAGUCCACAGACAAGGUCAUCAGUGGCUUCAAUUGGAGGAGGAGGAUCUUUAUCAAGAAUCCAAAGAAAUGUUAAUACAAAUGAGGCAGUGCCAAGUACAAGCAACACUGGGAGGAGCAAGAUAAGGGUGAGGAGGCAGGUUUCAGAACACACAUUGCAUGCUGUCACUUCAACAUCUAGAUACUCAUCCAUUGUGAAUGCCAGUCAAGAAUCAAAUGCAAGAGCACCCAAUUAAGGCUGGAGUUGGAACUGAACUUAUGUGUUAUGCAUUUUGGUAUAUUUGUUUAUGCUUUGCUAUUUGAGCACAUAUUUUGAUAAUAGCUUUUUGAGGAAUGAAUAUCGUUCCUGGUUAUGUUAUGCCUAUUAAGAUAUUUGGCUAUGUUAUGCCAUUUAAGAACUUCUUUUGAUAUGUUUAUAUUAGAUGAUAGGUUUUUGAGGAAUGAUCACCAUUCCUGGUACUUUGUUAUGUUAAUAGUUUGAAUAUUAAAUUAUAUAAGUUUCAAUGAA